GACCGGGGAAGAACAUUUGCAACGAUCCUAUCACUGUUAAAAUAUUCUCCCCUAAAUGUACUGGACUUGACUCUAGUCGACCUACCUGGAAUCACCAAGCACUGUUUCACGUGGAGGCUUUGGCUUUCCUUCAGGUGCCUGUGGACGGCCAGCCGGAUGACAUUUCGCAGCAAAUAGAACAGCUCAUCCUAUCAUACAUUCAGCGGCCACUAAGCAUCAUUCUUGCAAUUGUGGCGGCGAAUGUGGACAUGGUAACCAACGACUGUCUGAGGAUUGCAAGAGAGGUGGACCCCCGAAGGUCGACGAACGCUCGGUGUGGUCACUAA